GGGAUUUUUAGCAAGGCCAGGACUUACUCUCAAGGCUAGUUAGUCCCAGUGAGCAUCUCGGCUCAAACCACAGUGUCUGAGGAGGACAGGGUGCUGCUUUUCGGCUAAUAGCCAUGGCUCUUGGGCUGCUUCUGCGGGUUUCCUGGAUGUAUUUGCUGUUUGACUGCAGUGCUGGAUCACCAGUUUUAAGAGGUUAUAGAUAUCCAUCUAAUGGUGACCCGCGUAAACAAGAUGAAGUGUUUAAUCCUGAAACCUUUGAUCGGAGUGCCUGGCAGGCUUUAAAUAACCAACCGAUUGACCCCGUUUACACGAGUGACAAGUCUUCAGUUACACAACUGCCAGAUUCGGUCGCAUCUCCAGAAAACCUGCCCGACACAAAAGGUUCUGGUUUGAUAGAUGGACUUCUCAAUGGUCAUUUGAGAGACUGGAGCCUAGCGAACCCUGAGAAACUACUUGUGUUUCCUUUAAACCGCAAGUACCAUCAGAAUAAUCCAGCAACGCCUCAGCCAGGCCCUAUCCAGACUCAAGAUCAAUAUAAGGAUGCUAAGCAGCCUUCAAAUACUGCAGGACGUUCUAGCCAAGCUGAUUACAUGAGCACGGGAUCUUCAACGUCUCCUCCAAAGAAGGUCUCAUCCCCCAGUAACCCAGCUAAUGUGGGAGCCUGGCCUGUCUAUCCAUCUGGGAUGGGAAGACCAUUUAAUUGGUUCUCUGGAGUAGAUCCUGACCUUAGUAAGGAGAGCUACCAGGCACAAAAACCAGUUGUCGACCCCCAAAAAGCUGUGGUUACCCAGAGAGUGAGUGAACCGAUCCGUCCACACCACCCUCCUCCGAGCUAUAUUGUCCAGUCCAGAAACGGCUACCAGCGAACCAGUUAUCUCCACAGCAACUCCAGGUACUCGCCAGAUGUUCCCCGUCCAAUGCCUGCAAGCUCAACGGGUUCAGGGUCAAAACUAAAAGCUGCUCCUGACGGUGUGAAGAACUUUUAAAGCAUGAAGUGCCCUCUUAAGAAAACAAAUAAUAAAAACUUCGUGAACUUGCUUUAUA